AUGGUUGUUUCCGCGCAAGCAGAGAAGCAUCGAACUGAAACCGACUGCGCAGAAGACGAAGACGAUGACUUCUUUCAAGAUGUAGAGGAAUUACAAAACCAUGGGAUUAAUAUGGCCGACAUUAAAAAACUACAGUCUGUCGGUAUUUGUACAGUGAAGGGUGUUAUGAUGACAACAAAGAAACGCUUAGCAGAAAUCAAAGGCCUCUCAGAGGCGAAAGUGGAUAAAAUAAAGGAAGCCGCGUGCAAAAUCAUGAAGAAUGGGUUCAUCACCGCCUUGGAGGUGUGUGCCAGGCGUAAACAAUGUUUCAAAAUUACAACCGGAAGUUCGGAAUUUGACAAACUGCUUGGAGGUGGCAUUGAAAGCCAAAGCAUCACAGAAGUUUUUGGAGAGUUUCGAACGGGAAAAACACAGUUAUCUCAUACAUUAUGUGCCACUUGCCAGCUACCAUGUGGAAAUUACCGCGGCGGGAAAGUAAUAUUCAUAGACACUGAAAAUACUUUUCGUCCCGAGCGUCUCCGUCCGAUCUGCGAUAGAUUCAAUAUUGACCAAGAAGCAAUGCUUGAGAAUGUAUUAUAUGCGAGAGCAUUUACUUCAGAUCAUCAAAUGGAGUUACUAGACUACGUAGCUGCUAAAUUUCAUGAGGAGAUGGGUGUCUUCAAGCUGUUGAUUGUCGACUCAAUAAUGGCUCUAUUCAGAGUCGAUUAUUCUGGAAGAGGCGAAUUAGCGGAAAGGCAACAAAAAUUGGCUCAAAUGAUGAGUAGACUUCAGAAAAUCGCUGAGGAGUACAAUGUGGCAGUGUUCAUUAGCAACCAAAUGACAGCUGAUCCAGGAGCUGGUAUGACGUUUCAGGUGGACCCCAAAAAACCCAUUGGAGGUCACAUUCUUGCUCAUGCUUCAACUACACGUAUUAUGCUGAAGAAAGGUCGUGGAGAAACGCGAAUAGCUAAGAUUUAUGAUAGCCCUGAUAUGCCAGAAAACGAGGCCACAUUUGCCAUUUCCAACGGAGGAAUUGUUGAUGCAAAAGAAUAG